GGCCAGUGACGCACUUACCCGGGCGACUGACGUCACUGCCGAGCGCCGGCGGCACGUUGGCCGGGCCUCCGCGGGCUUUUCCUGCGGUAAAAAUGGCUAUGGCCAGUGAUUUCUACCUGCGCUACUACGUAGGGCACAAGGGCAAGUUUGGACACGAGUUUCUGGAGUUCGAGUUUCGGCCAGACGGAAAGCUUAGAUAUGCCAACAACAGCAAUUAUAAAAAUGAUGUCAUGAUCAGAAAAGAGGCUUAUGUACACAAGAGUGUAAUGGAAGAACUGAAGAGAAUUAUUGAUGACAGUGAAAUUACAAAAGAAGAUGAUGCUUUAUGGCCUCCCCCUGACAGGGUUGGCCGACAGGAGCUUGAAAUUGUAAUUGGAGACGAACACAUUUCUUUUACCACAUCAAAAAUAGGGUCUCUUAUUGAUGUAAAUCAGUCAAAGGAUCCUGAAGGCCUUCGAGUAUUUUACUAUUUGGUACAGGACCUGAAGUGUUUAGUUUUUAGCCUUAUUGGAUUACAUUUCAAGAUUAAACCCAUCUAAAUUAUGUGUUUUUUGAAGUUGUUUUUAUAUUUAAUUUUGGGAUAGGUAAGGGAGGGUUUGUCAUUUACAGUAUUGGGGUUUUUAUCAAUGUGAACACUUUUGUAUGCAAACUGAAAAUACAUAAAAAGGCUUAAUGGUUAACUUCACUUGGGUCCAAGUGGGUUGGAGAGUCCCCACACACAUUAAAGUCUGUAAAUAAAAGCUGUCUUUUACUGAAAUAAAAGAUAUUGAAGUCUGGUUGGAGAGUGUUUUAUUUUACAGUA